GAACAGACGGGAAAGUCGGGGAGACAAAAAGAGAAAAAGAGACAAAGACGCAAAUCGAAACGGAGACGCAGCUGCGAGGGGGAGGCGCUGCAGCGGCAGAAGGGAAGUGCAGCAAAGGGACCCAAGAGAGCAGCAGCACCAGCAGAAGCAGCAGCAGAUGCAGAAGCAACAGCCGCAGCAGCGGCAGCAGCAGCAGCAGCAAAGGUAA